GUCACCGACGGUAGCCUGCGACGUACCGACGUGCUUUCCACCGUUCCAACGUAUUGACGCACAGGAGAGCAGGAAACGAUAGACAACAAGAAGUGACUCCUGAGCCGACCGGGAGAGGGACGGCUCCUGUCGAGCUGGACUACCAAAGAAAACUGGAUUAAAAGCUUGCAUUCGGACGGAAACCUGGUUUAUUUGAUACGUUGGUAACCCAUGGACAAAUUGGCCGUGGAUACAUAUUUAUCAAGUGCGUUUCGAGCUCAAUCCAAGGAGUUUAAAGUUUCCGCGAUCUCCUCUCUUGGAUCCCACAGUUUUCUUUUUUGCCAGGCUGUGAUGUGGUGACGCGGCUCGUCGACGGGAAGCUAAGCUAACGUUAGCUGGCAAAAUACACCAGAGAAAAUGUGUUUUUAGAUAUUUUAGUUUUCUGACUUUGUCUUCAUUUUUUUUUUAUUUGACCCUUGAAGUUGGUUUAUAAACACUUUUUUUAUAUAUAUAUAUGCUUUGCCUGGUAUUGUCUUGGACAGUAACAUUACACUUUUUAGUUGCAGUCCUAUGAGCUAUCGUAACCGGCUGUAGUGCCGAGCUAGCUCUGGACAUUUGAUUGCUAACGGUAGCUAGCUAUCUAGCUACAUCUGUUUCCACUUUUGUUCCUUGUAAGGAGUGUUGCCUAACUACACUUUUUUUUCUUCCCUUGAACAAAGUAUAGAAAAUGUUAGGAUGAGUUAAUAAUUGUGUGUCUGUAUAUUAUAUGUGCAAACACUAAUAAUCAGUUUGACUCACUUUUAUCUUUGUGCAAUGCAGAAGUCACUACCGUUAGCGAAAUAGCUAGCUAGAGUUGUUGCCCUCUGAUGUGGGUCUGGCGGUGCGGCCUUUUGGAGUUAUCUUUUUUUGUUCGCCGUCGGGGACCUUUCAGUCUGGAUGGUUUUCAACAUUUUCAUUGGAUUUAAUGUUUUGAAUGGCUUGGAUUAUUCAUACAAUUGUACCGUUGUAUUAGUUGAACGAACUGGCUAGAAGUUAAGUUGAAGAAAGCUCGGCAACAUAGAUAGAAAAGUGGACAUCCACAAAGGAAUUUCGCCUACUCUGCAAAGAUGAUGUGCGAGGUGAUGCCCACCAUCAGCGAGUCGGAGGGGCCUUCGGGUGGCCGGCGGGGGUCUGGCUCGCCUCUUCAUUCGGACUCGGAGGGGCACUUUGAAUCUCUGAUGGUUUCCAUGCUGGAGGAACGCGACCGGCUACUGGACACGCUGAGGGAGACCCAGGAGAACCUAGGCCUGACCCAGGGCAAGCUGCACGAGGUCAGCCACGAGAGGGACUCGCUGCAGAGGCAGCUUAACACCGCCCUGCCCCAGGAGUUUGCUGCGCUGACCAAGGAGGUGAAUGUGUGUCGAGAGCAUUUGAUGGAGAGGGAGGAGGAGAUCGCUGAGCUCAAGGCUGAGAGGAACAACACACGGCUUCUCCUGGAGCAUCUGGAGUGUCUGGUGUCUCGUCAUGAACGCAGUCUGAGGAUGACGGUGGUGAAGAGGCAGGCCCAGUCUCCUGCCGGGGUCUCCAGCGAGGUAGAGGUCCUCAAGGCACUCAAGUCCCUGUUCGAACACCACAAAGCCCUGGAUGAGAAGGUCAGGGAGAGACUGCGUGUGGCUUUAGAAAGAUGCAGCCAACUGGAAGAACAGCUCACAUCACAACACAAAGAGAUGUCUUACCUGAGAGAGCAGAACGUCCAGAAGAGGUCGCUAGGCGAUGGAAUGGAAGGGCUCAACCACAACCCUGAAAACACCCCGAGCACAAACGGCAAGCGGUCGUCAGAUGGCUCUCUGAGCCAGGAGGAGGACCAGGGGAAGGUGGGGGAGCUGCAGGAGGUGGUGGCGAGACAGACGUCAGACCUGGGGCAGAUGAUGGAGCGCAUGGCGGCCAUGACGGGACGCAUCAGCGAGCUGGAGGAGGACCUGGACACGGCACGCAAGGACCUCAUCAAGAGUGAAGACGUGAACACACGCCUGCAGAGAGACAUACGAGAGUCUAUGGCCCAGAAGGAGGACAUAGAGGAGCGUAUUGUCACCCUGGAGAAGAGGUACUUGGCAGCGCAGCGAGAGGCCACCUCCGUACACGACCUCAACGACAAGCUGGAGAACGAAGUGGCCAACAAGGAGUCCCUGUUCCGACAGACUGAGGAGAGGAACAGGCAGCUGCAGGAGCGUUUAGAGCUGGCUGAGCAGAAGCUACAGCAGACCAUCAGGAAGGCGGAGACUCUGCCCGAGGUGGAGGCGGAGCUAGCCCAGAGGGUGGCGGCCCUCACCAAGGCGGAGGAGCGUCAUGGCAACGUGGAGGAGAGGGUGAGGCAGAUGGAGGCUCAGCUGGAGGAGAAGAACCAGGAACUGCUCAGGGCGCGCCAGAGGGAGAAGAUGAACGAGGAGCACAACAGGCGUCUGUCGGAGACGGUGGACAAGCUGCUGUCAGAGUCCAACGAGAGGCUACAGCUUCACCUCAAGGAGAGGAUGUCUGCCCUAGAGGACAAGAACGGCCUGAUCAGAGAUCUGGAGCACAGUAAGAAGCUGGUUGAGGAAACACACCAUGAGAAGGAGCAGCUAUUGAUCCAGAUUGAGACGAUGCGGGCGGAGAACGAGCAAGGCAGGAACAGGAGCAACUCACUGCUGCACCAUGGACGGUCUCACCAAGGCAGCACCCCAGACUUCCGGUACCCGGUGUCGGCCUCCUCCAUGAUGGACAGCCACUCGGACCACUACGGCAGCGCGCUGGUGCUGAGGCGGCCCCAGAAGGGGCGUCUCGCCGCGCUACGGGACGAACCCUCCAAGAGACAUGUCCAGACUCUGAAUGAACAGGAGUGGGAGCGCGUGCAGCAGGCUAAUGUUCUGGCCAACGUUGCUCAGGCGUUUGAGUCUGACCUGGAGACGUCAGACCUGGAGGACGAUGAGCGCGAGACCAUCUUCAGCUCCGUGGACCUGCUGUCCCCUGCCGGCCAGGCCGACGCUCAGACCCUGGCCCUCAUGCUGCAGGAGCAGCUGGACGCCAUCAACAACGAGAUCAGGAUGAUUCAGGAGGAGAAGGAGAACACAGCCAUGCUGGCAGAGGAGAUGGAGAGCCGUGUGGGCAGCGGGGACAGCCUGGGGGCCAGCCGCUUCCGCUCCAUGAGCUCCAUCCCCCCCUCCUCCAUGGGGGGCUCGUCGCCCCCCGGCUCAGGCUCCUCCACCCCGCGACGCAUCCCCAACCGCAGCCCCAACCGAGAGGUGGACCGCAUGGGAGUCAUGACCCUGCCUAGUGACCUGCGCAAGCACCGCAGGAAGUCUGCCCAGGACGACAAGACCACAAUCCACUGUGAGACGUCUCCUCCCACCACCCCGCGCUCCAUGCGCCUGCACAAGGGGGCCAGCCACACUGCCAGCCAUGAGGACAUCAGGGACAUCCGCAGUAUGACCACCCUACAGGACGGCCAGGGUAGUAACCCCAGCAGCAGUAACAGCAGUCAGGACUCUCUGAACAAGGCAGCCAAGAAGAAGAGCAUCAAGUCCUCCAUCGGGCGCCUCUUCGGCAAGAAGGAGAAGGGUCGACCAGGCCCCCCAGGGAGCAAGGAGUCCCCUGGCAGCCAAGGUCAGUCCCCUGGCAGCCAAGCUGGUACCCCCGAGGCAGAGACCUCUCCCCAGGAUGCACUGGGGCUGGGCAAACUAGGCGGCCCCGCUGAGAAGAACAGGAAACUGCAGAAGAAUCCAACGACAGGGCAUGAGUUGCUGGAGGAGGCUCGCAGGCAGAGUCUUCCCUUCGCCCAGUGGGACGGCCCUACUGUAGUGGUCUGGCUGGAGCUGUGGGUGGGUAUGCCAGCCUGGUACGUGGCGGCGUGUCGUGCCAAUGUGAAGAGCGGUGCCAUCAUGUCUGCCCUGUCGGACACAGAGAUCCAGAGGGAGAUUGGCAUCAGUAACCCCCUCCACCGCCUCAAACUGAGACUGGCCAUCCAGGAGAUCAUGUCUCUCACCUCCCCCUCUGCCCCCCCAACCUCCAGAACCUCCACGGGGAACGUGUGGGUCACGCACGAAGAGUUGGAGUGCCUUGCGGCCACGCCCUCCACGGAUGAUGACGAGGGCAGCUGGGCCCAGACGCUGGCAUAUGGAGACAUGAACCAUGAGUGGAUUGGUAACGAGUGGCUGCCCAGCCUGGGUCUGCCCCAGUACCGGUCCUACUUCAUGGAGUCCCUGGUAGACGCACGCAUGCUGGACCACCUCACCAAGAAGGACAUGAGGGGACAGCUUAAAAUGGUGGACAGUUUCCACAGGAACAGUUUCCAGUGUGGGGUGAUGUGUCUGAGGAGACUGAACUACGACAGGAAGGAGCUGGAGAGGAGGCGUGACGAGACCCAGCUGGAGCUGCAAGGUAACAGCUGGGAUAACGACGUGCUGGUGUGGAGCAACGAGCGUGUGAUCAGCUGGGUACAGGCCAUGGGGCUGAAGGAGUACAGUAACAACCUGCUGGAGAGCGGCGUGCACGGAGCCCUGCUGGCCCUGGAUGAAACCUUCGACCACAACGCCCUGGCCCUGCUGCUGCAGAUCCCCACGCAGAACACACAGGCGAGGGCAGCUCUGGAGAGUGAGUACAACAGUCUACUGGCCAUCGGUACAGAGAGGAGACUGGAUGAGAAUCUCUUCCAGGAGGACGAUAACAACUUCCGGCGUGCCCCCUCCUGGAGGAAGAAGUUCCGGCCCAAAGACGCACGGGGGAUGUCCCCGGGCUCAGCCGACACCCUGCCCGCCAACUUCAGACUGACCAAUAGCAACGCAGCGUCCCCCUCCACGCAGCCGAAAAGGAGCCACAUGGACGGGAGUCAGUCUGCAAUACAGAGGCUGGACACUGCCACAGUCAGGACAUACUCCUGCUAACACAACACAUUGAUCCUCAUUAUUUCUAUAGGUGACUGCUGGUUGGCGGAUGAGGGGUGAGUUCCUCCCUCCCCCCCAUCAGGAGCAGCUGCUGACCCUGCAAGGACACAGUUUUAUUGUUAUCACAGCGAUAAAAGAAGUAGCAACCACAUCACCAAUCUCCGUACUAGAGGGCCCGUGUCCUAGAUGUAUCAAUCUUUAUAGUUCUAUUUAUGUUAGCAAGCUGGUGGGACAUUUGAAUGAUUUUAGAUUUGUUAUGUAUCUAUCUGUUACUUCACCCGUCUCUCCCGGCUAAAUGGAAAUAUCCCUAUUUUCUAAAAAAACUGUUCCAACUGUGUCCUUAUCAAGGUUAACUCUCAGAUGUAACUGAAUGUUUUUAGAUGGUCUGGAGUUUGUAUAUUUUUUCAACAGACAUUAUCUAAUCAUUUUAUAUAUAUAUAUAUAUAUAUAUAUAUAUUCCUGAUCUUGUAUUGACCAGAUGUAUGUUUUUAUUUCUCUGUCCUCUGUUGUUUUUAAUCAUUGAACUGAUGAUCAAGUGACUUUAAGUGACUUUCUAUCUGAAUUGGACCCCAUUUCCCUUCGACCCCAGCCUGUUAUCUUCAAGCGUAUCCAUGGUGAUUAUUUGUAAAUGCAGCUCUUAUAGGACAAUGAGAAUAUGUGAAUAUCAGAAAUAUUGCUGGAGUUCUGACUGACAUUGUUUCACCAACUGCUACAGCGCUGUGGUCGCUAAGCACCGGGCGGACCGUAACCACAACAAGGCCCUAGGUAACUGUGACGACAGGUGACACGUGAAACAACUCUCUUUGUUAUUUUCCUGUGAAACCAAACCUGUAGAAAGACUGAAACAAAAGCCAUAAACAGUAGUGAAGACCAGGGCUGUUUUCAUAUGCAUCGUUUGGUAAGAGACCGUUCCACUGUGUAGGAUCUCCCAUUCUCCAGUCAACCUCGCAUGCCCAAACUCUCCAUUCCUCUUUUCCUCCUUCUCCUCAUCCCUCUCUUUUCCCUGCCUUCCCCUUGGAGCGCGCUAACGGGAGGCCAGACGUGCGUGAAGAUCAAUUCGCUUGUACCUGAGCCGACAGCGCGGCGGCUCUACUAUCGACGGACCAAGUCCACUGUGGCCUAAACUGAUCCCAGCGACUAGUUACUCACCCGAGGUGGAGCGAUCUACCCACAAAUCUUUAACCAACUAUUUUUACUACGGACACUUCUAAUCCAGCCUGAUGGAGUUUUUCUUACCUUAUUUCUCUGGCUGUCUUAUUUAUUCGUCAUCUCCGUCGUGUUUGUUGCUUUCUCAGUUAGAUUUUUAGGAGUUGCCAUUUUUUAAAAGCUGUUUCUGAGUGUUUUAACACAGGUUGCCGUGGCAAUACUUUUUCAAGACAGAUAAUGUCACGGAGGCAAAGACUUCCUGUCCACCCUACAUUAGUUAUGUUAUUCCCUUUGUGAUUUAGUCAUUUUAUAAUGCACAAUGCAAAUGCUGAUAUUAUUAUUAUUAUUUUUUUUUAAUCUUCAGUUUUCCCCCCAUUUUAUUCUCCUGCUCUGGUAACAAAAUGAUGUACAGUCUGAGUACUUAACUAUUUUAUCACAGUAUUAUUUAUGGAUUUACUUUCAAUAAAAUACUGAAACUUAUUUUCCACUGCCAAUAAA